AUGGCUGGCUGUGGCUGGGUUGCUGCAGUGGCUGGCAGGCCCCAUGGCAUGGCUGCAGGGCAUGGCUGGCUGUGGCAAGGCUGUUGGCAUGGCAUGGCUGCUGCAGGGGCUGGCAGGGUGGAAUGGCUGGGCUGCAGGCUGCUGGCAGGUGGAAUGGCUGGCUGCAGGCUGCUGGCAGGAUGGCAUGGUCUUUGGCAGGCAGGCCAGGGCAUGGGUGUGGCUGUAGGGCCAUGGACAUGGCUGCAGCAGGCUGGACAGGCUGAGCAGGGUGCUGGCAGGGCAGGCAUGGCCCUUGGCAGGCGGCAGGACAAGGCUGGGCAUGGCUGCAGGCUGGCUGGCCAUGGCCUGGCCUUGGCAGGGCAUGGCCACGGCCUGGCAGGGCUAGCAGGGGCUGGCUGGCCAUGGCCUGGCGCUGGGCAGGCCAGGGCAUGGCCUUGGCAGGCGCUGGGCAGAUGGCCUGGCCGGCCUGGGCGCAGGGCAUGGCGCUGGCAGGCUGCAGGCAGCAGGGCAUGGGCGGCCAGGCUCUUGGCUGGGCGCUGGCAGGGGCCUGGCACUGGCUGGGCGCAUGGUCUGGCAGGGGCUCCAGCAUGGGCGCUGCAGGCUGGAAUGGGCGUGCACAGGGUCUGGCAGGCUGGGCGCAUGGCCUGGCAGGCUUGGCAGGCGGCCAGGCGGGCGGCAUGGCCUUGGCCGGGCUGGCUGGCCAUGGCCUGGCACUGGGCAGGCCAGGGCAUGGCCUUGGCAGGGCAUGGCCACGGUCUGGCAGGGCUGUGGCGUGCGGCAGGGGCGCGGCAGGACGCCAGGGGGCGCGGCAGGGCGCCAGGGGGCGCGGCAGGGUGCGGCACGGGCGCCGAGGCGCGGCGCGCGCAGGGGGCGCGGCAGGCGCUGCAGGUGCGGCAGGCGGCGUGCGCAGUGGCUGGCAGGCCCCAUGGCAUGGCUGCAGGGCAUGGCUGGCUGUGGCAAGGCUGUUGGCAUGGCAUGGCUGCUGCAGGGGCUGGCAGGGUGGAAUGGCUGGGCUGCAGGCUGCUGGCAGGUGGAAUGGCUGGCUGCAGGCUGCUGGCAGGAUGGCAUGGUCUUUGGCAGGCAGGCCAGGGCAUGGGUGUGGCUGUAGGGCCAUGGACAUGGCUGCAGCAGGCUGGACAGGCUGAGCAGGGUGCUGGCAGGGCAGGCAUGGCCCUUGGCAGGCGGCAGGACAAGGCUGGGCAUGGCUGCAGGCUGGCUGGCCAUGGUCUGGCCUUGGCAGGGCAUGGCCACGGCCUGGCAGGGCUGGCAGGGGCUGGCUGGCCAUGGCCUGGCGCUGGGCAGGCCAGGGCAUGGCCUUGGCAGGCGCUGGGCAGAUGGCCUGGCCGGCCUGGGCGCAGGGCAUGGCGCUGGCAGGCUGCAGGCGGCAGGGCAUGGGCGGCCAGGCUCUUGGCUGGGCGCUGGCAGGGGCCUGGCACUGGCGGGGCGCAUGGUCUGGCAGGGGCUCCAGCAUGGGCGCUGCAGGCUGGAAUGGGCGUGCACAGGGUCUGGCAGGCUGGGCGCAUGGCCGGCAGGCUUGGCAGGCGGCCAGGCGGGCGGCAUGGCCUUGGCCGGGCUGGCUGGCCAUGGCCUGGCACUGGGCAGGCCAGGGCAUGGCCUUGGCAGGGCAUGGCCACGGUUGAUAUGGCCUUUCCCCCUUAUAUAAAUUUUACAAGGCUUUACAAAUUAUUGUCCUAUCUGCAGACUAGGUCCUCAGAUUCAGGCUUGGAUUAUUCUAUGGCUGAUGCUCUGCACGGUCUGAGGACCAUUGGUUCAGCAAAAUACAAUGUGGAUCUAGAGUGCUAG